AUGCCAGCUGUCACGGAGGACGUCAACCAGCAGGACUUCGUGAAGGCAUUGUCGGCUUUCCUUAAAAAGUCUGGUAAACUGAAGGUUCCUGAAUGGGUGGACACAGUGAAACUGGCAAGUCAUAAAGAGCUGGCUCCCUGUGAUGACAACUGGUUCUACACCAGAGUCGCCUCCACGGCGCGACACCUGUAUCUGAGGGGUGGGGUGGGGGUGGGCGCCAUGAUCAAGGUCUACGGUGGACGGCAGAGGAACGGCGUAUGCCCCGCCCACUUCAGCGUGGGCUCCAGGAACGUGGCCCGGAAGGUCCUGCAGGCGUUGGAGGCCCUCAAGAUGGCGGAGAAGGACCCCAAUGGCGGCCGGAGACUAACACCUCAAGGCCAGCGAGAUCUCGAUAGGAUUGCUGGUCAGGUUGCUUCAGCGAAUAAGAAACAGUGAUGUUCCUGAAGGCAACAAGAAGAGAAUGCUAACAUCAUAGCCAAGUUAAUUGCUUGAAUGCAUUCCUGCCCGUGCACUGGACUUUUAGACGCCUCUAGAAAACACUCACAGGUUGAGGUUCCAUGUUGGGAUUAAAUAUUACUUGCAUGAAGGCCGGAAAUCUUCUGCCGGUGAGUGGUUUUAAUAUAAAGAAAUUGGUGGGGAAAGAUCUGC